UCGAAGGUCUCCCCGCAGCCUUCUCCUCCAGGCUGAACAACCCCCCCCCACCAGCAGUCUCCUUCUACGGGAGGUUCUCCAGCCCUCGGAUCAUCUCCUUGGUCUCCUCUGGUCUCACUCCAGCAGCCCCGUCUCCUUCCUGUGCUGAGGCUCCACACCUGGACACAGUAGUUUUCAAUGCCAGAAGAACCAAGCCAGACUAUAAUGGCAGUUGAUGAACUUCAAGCCAUAAUACAAAGAUGUCAAAUUCUGGAAGAAGCUGAUUUCAAAGGAGAAGAUUUUAAUUUGUUUCAGGUAGCAGGCCAGAAGUGUUUAGAAGAUGGGUAUGCAGCUCAGUUAUUAGAAGUAAUUCAAAAUGAGAAAAACAAGGUUAUUGUCAAGAACAUGGGUUGGAAUCUCAUCUCUCCUCUUGUUAGAUGUAUUUUCACGUAUAAACAGCAAGAUGAUAAGCGAGAACACUGCCUGAAGAUACUUGAUCAGUUGGCACAGCUAUGCAAUCCGAAGGAACUUCUUUUGGGUUUGCUUGAGCAGAUUGAGCAGACUUCUGGAGAGCAAGUGUGCCAGACUGUCUUGCUAUUGCUUCAGCCCUUGCAGACAGUGCUUUUAAAGCUUCAGCACAAGAAGGCCUACUCCGUGGGUUUGUCUUUGGCUGUAAUUAUGAAUCAGCUCACUCCCUUACCUGUACCUUACACCAAAGAGCAAAUACAAGAAGAUAAACUUGGUCUCUGUCAGUGUUGUCAUGCGGUGGUGCACUUCGCUAAACCUUUUGUGAAUGAAGUUGUUAAGAACAUGGAAAAGUCAUCAGAAUACAAUGACGUGGAGUUGAAAGAAGAGCUAUUAAAAUUCUGUAUGAAAAGCCUGGAAUAUCCGUUAUUGACAGCUCAGCUCGAGCAACUUGAAGGCAUCGAAGAACAUCCCUUUCGGCGUUUUGCAACUGAAAUUAUAGACAUUUUGUGGGAUAUAAGAGAAUUGGUUCCAUUAGUGUUCUUACAUCGUAAAGGCAAAAGUCCAGACUGGGAGAAUCGGGAGUUUGUGGACAUAGAGCGGAAGAAUUCUGCAGACUCUUUGGCGUGUCUGUCAUAUCUGGUAUUUGUUCAGCAUUUUGGUAUUGAUCACUUUCCAGUGAUAUUUGGUCCGUCUUACCUUCUGCAAUGCAAUAUGACGCAUAUUGAAGUGCUCCUGAAGAGAACAGAAGAGUCUGUGUUAUCUAAAGGACUUGAUCUGUUUGAGAGCUGUUUACUGAGAAUGGAAGAUGACAGCCUUCUGCACCAGUAUUUAGAAUUCAGAGACUUCAUUAACGUACCUCAGGAUUUGGUGAAAGUCAUGACCCUUUGUCCCAUGGAGCAUCUGAGAAAGAAGAGUUUGAGUAUUUUGCAGUUGUUCAUAGACAAAUUUGAUGCAGAGGGAAAAUACACGUUAUUCAGGUGUUUACUGAAGACAAGCAACCAUGCUGGCGUGGAAGGGUACAUCAUUAAAAAUAUAAAAGAUCAGAUUCACCUGUCAUUAACGAAGGUGUGUGACAGCAUUUGGUUUACAGGACAUCACCUGAUCUCCCUUCUAGAUUUGGUGCUUCUGCUUCCGGAAGGUGCUGAGACAGAUCUGCUGCAGAACUCGGAUAGGAUUAUGGCAUCACUAAAUCUACUGCGAUACUUGGUCAUUAAAGACUGUGAAAGUGAUAAUCGAACAGGUGUGUGGGCUGCACUCGCCAAGAUAGAGCAGAACUUCUUAAAGCCACUGCACGUGGGACUCAAUAUGUCAAAAGCUCACUAUGAAGCAGAGAUAAAGAACACAAAAGAGAACAGAAGAGAAGCACACAGCUCAAACACAGUCUGCUCUGUAACUGUUAGUGGGGAGAAGAUGCCUGCCAUGACAACUGAAAUGCAGCUUCAGGUUUUGCACUCGGCUCUCUUCACCUUUGAUUUAAUAGAAAGUGUGCUAGCUCGAGUAGAAGAGCUCAUUGAAGUGAAAAUAAAGGCUGGAAUGGAUGACAACAGUUAGGUCAGCGGAAGUAUUUGAAUUAACAUUUUGACUGUAAGACUUGAGCUGAAAGGAGACUACCAGCUUCAAAGAAAAGCAGUCUAGAGAGGCCUCAAAGAGCUGCAGACGCUGCUCUGUUCUCUUUCCUUUGUGGUUGGUGCAUGGGAUUCACAGAUGUGUCCUGGUCACUAGAGUCCUCCUCAUUAGAAUGGGAUGCAAUUUCUUAAGUUUAGAAACAAAAGAUUUUAAUUUGUUCUGUGCUGUGGCCAGGACGUUUGGUCAAGCAUUUAUUUUUCUGUUCAUUUUCAGACUUUGUUUGAUAAAGGUUGCUGAUGGGUGGUGCAAAUUAUAAGGAUUUUUAUAAAGGCACUGGAGAACUCUUAAUUAAACAGUGCUGUUUAAGCACAAGGUAUUUUUAUUAGCACUUUUUAAUGCUGACAAACAAGCUUCUAUAUUUACAAACAGGACUCUAAGCUGUAGAUAGAGAGUAGUAGAAAUGCUAUGGAAAAUGAAACCAGGUUUAAAGAAAAACACAUUAGCUUUGAGCCAAAUAAGAUGUUAAAACUUAGUAACACAACAGCUAACACUUGUUUAAGACCACACUGUAUCAGGUUUCACACAUAGAGCUGGUUUUGCAUAGGAUAGGAAACCUGUAUUUUGGAAUUGUUUUGAUCAUCCUUAUCUUUAAUCAUAAAGCUUUCCCAAAAAUAUAUUAAAUAUUUUGGGAAAUUAUUAUAAACAAAUGAGCUCAUAAGUUCAGAAUCAAAUUAAAAAUAAGGAUGACUUUUCUGUACUGCAGUUAAACCAUUUUCCCCCCUCUUAGAAUGGGUAUUUGUAACAAUUUUUGGUAUAUUCAACUGGAAAGUUAUUUAAUACGAAUUUCCAUUUCAACUGUGUAAGCUGUAUAUGCAGACUUCUGAAAUGUAACUAUUUCUAACAACAUUAUAUAUUUUGUGUAAAAUGGAGCCACUCUAUUUAUGAAUAAAUCCUCCAAAU